CAAACGAGGGGAAAAUAGGUAAGGAAGGUGAGUUGCGUAGUUUGGUGUUUUGACUUGACAUUAUUAAUUGAGAAAUAUCCAUAUAAAUGAGCAAAGGAGUUUCGCAUUUGGUGUGACCAUUAUGGGCUUUGAUCUGAUCUGUGAAUGCUGGCCAACGUCUAUGUCACUGUUUGUGGAUGGUACCUAUUGUUGAUUGAUGACCGCUGUCCUGAUAUUGAUAUCCAGGAUUAUAUGCGAUUUGUUUCUAGCACAAGUCUUCAGAUUACAGGCCAUGUCCGCAAUGCUGCAAUCAGUACUAAAUUGGAGUCCGUUCUCCAAGAGGACACAGACAACUGAGCCACAGCCGACCACCCCGCCCCAGCAAGACGCCAUAGCUGAGUCGAUCUCGUCAGCCGAGUGUGCUCUGGUCAGCCUGCAGCGGAUAGCUGUCUGGGAGAACCCGGCCAAAAGUCUGGCGGCGCUUAUCGGCGCCAACAUCGCGUGCUGGGCGGUGUUUGCCUACCAGCUGCGGCCGGUGUACGUGAUAGCGAUGGCCGCCCUCCUCCGUCUGGUGCGGACCGAGUGGAACGAGAGGAUCUGGCCCGAAAUCCGCGUGCCGCCCAAGGUGCCGGAGGACACCGAGCCCUGGACGGACGUCAGCGAACGGGUGCUGAGCGCCCCGGAGCUGAUCCAGUACGUGAAGAGGUUCCGGGCCGCCGUGGCCUCCCUGGUCAGCUCGCUGACGGAACUGCGGGCCACCACUCCGUUCAUGUUUUUCCUGGUGGUGAACUGCGGCUGGACGGCGCUGUACGUGCUGAGCCGGUGUCUGUCGGCCGCCCUGCUCUGCCACCUGCUGCUCUCGCUGGCCCUGACCGUGCCCGGGGCGCUGCUCCACCUGGUGCCCGACUCGGCCUGGCGCCGGCUCCAGCAGCUGGUCAGCGACGGACGACGCUCCGUGGCCAACUCCGGUCUCAUCCAGGAUGAGGACUGCGAGCGGGACUUUAUACCGGAGGCGUCGCCUGAGACGCAGGCCUACCUUGACGCUAUGGCAGACAUGAUCAAUGGCCGUGAGCCGUCGCCAGACCGUAACACGGUAGCCACCUUCUCAUCUGGCCUGGACGCGGCGCCCGGCUACGACGAGGAGAGCGAGGACGACCUCCUGGCCCCGUCGGCGGCCGGACACGACGAACUCGACCUGGCCGCGGUCCCCGCCACCUCCUCCGCUACUGCCUCGGCCGCCGCAGCCGCCGCCGCCUCGGCCGGCCUCCAGAUGCUGACCUCAGCGGCUGCGGUGAUGGGAGCGGCGUCUCGCGCGGCCGGAGAGUUAGCUACCGGAGCCAGUGGCAGGCAGGCCGCGCUGCCGCAGGCCACUGAGGACUCUGAUUCAGAGUUUGAGCUCAUUGGGGAUGAGGAGGCUAUGGAUGCGACGCAUCACUAGGAGGGGGAUAGCGGUGAGGUUGGGAUGGAGCUGGUGUGGUGGAUAGGGACGCGACGGGCGGGAGUGGUGGACCACUGAUCUAUGACAUGGCAGUGGUUCAAGUGUGUCGACGGCUUUGCGAGCUGUGUAUGCGCGUAUGCGUGUCAAUAUUUGGAUUCAGAAAAGUCGUUUGCUUGUCGGCGAUUCUUGCCUUCGAGCAGGGUAUGGUGACAUUUUCUUUCAGUGCCACCUGACAGCUGUCAUAGCCUUCAUGGAAAUAGAACGUAAAGUGGUCUCUGAGGCGAAUAAUGAUAGGGAUGUCGGCCGACACCUGUAACUUGUGGAGUCCGGUUUGGGGUGUACCAGGGAACUAACGCGAUGGAAACCAGAGUGCUGAGUUAAGGCUUGUGAUUGUGGACUUGUGCCGUCGGACAACAUUGUAGUACGAGUAUUUAGUUGGUUACCGGUAGUGCUUACUACCGAUUAACUUAGUUGUGUAUAGUUUUCAUAGGAUAGACUUUACAGGAACUUGUAGUGCUUUACUUGAUUAUGUGUGCCGUUGAAACUUCGCGUUAAUGUGGGUAGAUAACCUGCUCGGCGAAAUGACUGCGCUCGUGGCGGUAUGUGAUAGUGCUGACUUUUAUGUGCGCUAAUCCAUUCAGUAUCGAACCGGUAUUGUAUGCUUGGUAUUAUGUCGUAGGAUAUUGAUGACAAUAAGGUCUGGUGUAAUACCAAAGCGGUCAUCCUCUGGUAACAAUUGUAAGAGUAGAAAGUUGAUAUUUUUGUGUGGCUCGUGUGCUGUGAACUACAAUAUAAUUUACAACUUAA